AUGAAAAAAAGAGUUGCAUUUGGAACAAAUAAUAAAAGAUUGCGACAUGAUGAUUUUUCAUCUGCUUUAAGCACCAAAAAUAAUAGAAAUUACAGUUUUAAAGUACAAAAUCAAACUGUUUUCAAACCUAAUAUUUUACCAACUCAAGCUUCAAGCACCAAAAAUAAUACAUAUCGAUAUUACAAUUUUCAAAAUCGUAUCGGCGAUAAUAAAGAGCAAGUAAAAAGGGAAGAAUAUCAAACUGACGCAUCUAGUCUAUUAAAUUAUACUUGUAUUGGGAUGAAUCAAGAGACUAACAAACAAAUAAUAAGUUUGGAUUAUCAACUCGAAUUCCUAAAUAAAGAAAUUGAAUGUGUCAAAGAACAAGUAAAAAGACUGGAAUAUCAAGAUGUUUUUGAAAAAUCAAAAUUAGUUGUCAAGUUGAAUGCUAUUGAUAAAUUUAUCGAAUUUCUAAAAAAUGAAACUCGUUAUAUUAACAUUGAUUUUUCACAGCAAUACAAAAAUAUACGUGAUUUACAACAAGAUAUAGAUGUAAAAUAUUACACUCAUUAUAUUGAAUAUGAUUUUUCACACCAAUUUGAAAAUAUAUGUGAAGAUAUUCGUGCUUUACAACGAGAUAUAAAAGAUGUAAAAUAUGGAAGGGACUAUAAUAUUUAUGAUGGUGUCUGUUGUAUUGAUGGGGUCUGGGCAAAUUAG